ACUGAUGGAAAGAUACAUGUCUAGAUGCAAAUAUUCUCCGGCUAACGAAUCGGAUGGCAUUUCCGUAAAUAAAUGCUAAACACGACCCGUUAUCUUAAUUUCCUCGGGAUAUAAUAAGAAGCCACAUUACAUUCCCAAGGCCAAAGCCCUGUUGUGGUCUUCAGCUGUCAAGUAGAGAACAAAAGAAAUUAUUCACAGAAAUCCCAGACGAGGAGAAGAGAAGGCAACAAGGAGCAAAUCGAAAGUCUCCGAACCAGAAAGAAGGUUACUUGGGCGGAAAUGGUGAGAUCUCGCGCGAUCUACGGCAUCCUCUCGAUCCUCGCGAUCUUAACCGCAGCCGUCGAAUCCGCCGAUGACUACGGAGCUGCUGUGGGACUCAUCCGCACCGGAUCCUCGCUCUCAGGGUGCAAAGGAUCGAUCGCGGAGUGUAUGGCCGAGGAAGAAGAGCUCGAGCUCGGCUCGGAGAUCAGCAGGCGCAUACUAGCGACGAACAAGUACAUCAGCUACGGUGCGCUCCAGAGGAACAGCGUGCCCUGCUCUCGGCGCGGCGCUUCGUACUACAACUGCCGGAGAGGAGCCCAGGCGAAUCCGUACAGCCGCGGCUGCAGCACCAUCACCAGGUGCAGGCGUUGAAGCAGCCGAAUCGGUAAAGUGAAUUUCCUGUUUUGCCCUUCACUUCCUUUUCUUUCUGUGGUUUUUCUUUUGUUUUCAUUUCAUUUCAUUGUCACACUUUGGGGAAAAAAACUUGUAUUGGUUUCAUAAAAAUAUAAAUAAUGUUCAUAUUCUUCGUAUGUAUA